GCUCAUUAAUCGGCCCCACUAACUCUGUCACGUUGAAUAACGGGGCAUAUCAAGUAGUCGUACCGGCGCGUGAUCACUGAAAAGUGAAAAUAAUUGAAGACUGCUAGGCUGGACUCUGGGUCUCCCUUCCUUUCUUUUUUUUCAAUUUCUUUUUAAACUGUUUACUUUACCCUUCUUCGUUUCCAUUUUCACUCUCCCAGUGAUACCAAAACUGAAAAAAACGAUUCCCAAAUCCACGAUUCGAGGCGAUUUCAAGCUUCACAGGUUUCAGGUGAUGCAUUCUUCAACCAAGAGUACGUUUAAGCGAGCAUGGCCGUUCGCUUUUCGCCAAUUUCCUGAAGAUUAUGGAAGGCCUACUCGUGUGGCAGAGACGAAGGCAGAGACGGACCCAAGCGAAAGUGAAAACCUUCUUCCUGAAACAGCUCCUGCAAGAUAUUCUCUGCCGGGGGUUUUGCAAGGAGGAGUUUCAAUGAAGUCGGCCUCUCCCUCACAUUGUAACAUGAAGUCCGCUAGGGGGCCAACUACUAGCCGCGAGAAAGUGAUUAAAGUUCUGGAAUCGUACCAUGAGAUGCUUGACAAGCUCUUGAAGGAAAAUGAAACGAAUCAGGUGAGAAAUCCCAACAUUUACAAAGAUGCUGCAAUUAUUCUUCAAAAACAACACAAAUGGGUUGAAGCAGCCAAAAGGUUGGGUUCAGUUCCUGGAGUUGAAAUUGGUGACAAAUUUCAAUUCAGGGCUGAAUUAUGUGUGGUUGGCGUUCAUUGUCAGUUCGAGAGAGGAAUAGAUUACAUGAAGAAGGAUGGGAUUAUAGUGGCCACAAGCAUUGUUGCUACCGAUAGGUAUGCCAAUGAAAUGAAAUCAUCUGGUGAGUUGAUUUAUUGUGGUGAAGGUGGGAAUCCAAAUUUUAAAAGUGGGAAACCAAUUAAAGAUCACGUUCUUGAACGAGGAAAUCUUGCAUUGAAAAAUAGCAUGCUACAAAGAACUCCUGUCAGAGUUAUUCUCUCUGAAAAUUGUAAGAGGUCUAAGUUAACUGCUCUUAGAGAUACUCCUCAACAGAAGAAUUUAGCCACUUCAUAUGUUUAUGAUGGCUUAUACAAUGUGGAAGAGUUAUGGCAGGAAAGAGGGGAAUUUGGUAAACUUGUUUUCAAAUUUCGGCUGAGAAGAAUUGGGCAACCGGGGUUAAUUCAAGGAUUUCCAGGCAAACACAAAAAAGUAACACCAUGUAAAAGGGGUCCUUUAAUUAAUGAUAUAUCUCGAGGCAAAGAGAAGAUGCCGAUUGCAGUAGUGAAUGAAAUUGAUGAACAGAGACCUUCACUAUUCACUUAUAUUUCCAAGGUAACCUAUCCGCAAUCGAAGAAUCGAUCUAUUUUAAGUGGUUGUAAUUGUACUAGUCAAUGCUCUGAUUACAUAGAUUGUUCAUGCAAAGUCAAGAAUGGGCAAGAAUUUCCAUAUGACAAUCGCAGGCAUCUUAUUAAAGAAAAGCCCUAUGUUUAUGAGUGUGGUAAUUCUUGCAAGUGUUCUGAUUCUUGCAUUAAUAGAGUGAGCCAACUGGGCAUUCAGUUUCAACUCGAAGUGUUCAAGACGAAAUCAAAAGGAUGGGGUGUCAGAUCAAGAUCAUACAUUCCAUCUGGAAGUUUUGUAUGCGAGUAUGUUGGAGAAAUUCUUUCUUCCAAGGAAGCAGAGCAAAGGGUUGGCAGCAGGGAUGGAUAUUUGUUUCACAUGGAAGAUAACCGCAGUGAUCGCAAUUUUAAAGAAGAAUGGAAACCUCUAGGCAAAUCUCAUCCUUCAAAUUUCUCUGAGAAAGUUACUAUUGAUGCAGCUCAAUAUGGUAAUGUUGCAAGAUUCAUUAAUCACAGUUGUUCUCCUAAUCUCCAUGUGCAAAAAGUCAUCUAUGACGAUCAUGAAAUGCCUCACUUAAUGCUAUUUGCCAACAAGGACAUACCUGCCUGGAAAGAGUUAACGUAUGAUUACAAGUAUAGGUUAGGAGAACUUUGUCAUAUAAAUGGGAAUUUCAAGGCAAAGGAAUGUUUCUGUUCAUCUCUUAAAUGUGUUGGAAAGUUUUACUGAAUGGAAAAAGAGAAGGGUAUUUUUUUGGGUGGACUAAAUGUUUAAUAUCUCACUGUUGCAAAGUUUUGCUGACAUGCAUAGAUAAGGUAGUUUUUUGGGUGGAUUAAUGUUGAAUGUGCAUAUAGAAUGUACUGUUCUUUGAUCUAAUGUAAUGCAUCUUUUUCUCAUCA